AUGUGGCUGACACCAUACACAUUGUAUUCAUGGCUGUUGGAUGGCAGCACCCAGAAAGAUGGACCGUUUCGAGCAGUUUUCUCAUUUCUGAUUGCAAUGUUAGCGAUCUCAUUGUGGCACCUCUGGACUAAUAGGAAGUCAAACAAGCCAAUUGCUCCGUUGCCGCCUGGCCCCCGUGGCUUGCCGAUAGUGGGAUAUCUUCCAUUUCUUGGAACUGACAAUCUUCACCUGGUCUUUACAGAAUUGGCUGGAGUCUACGGUCCAAUCUUCAAACUUUGGCUGGGAAACAAACUAUGCGUGGUAAUUACCUCACCAUCGCUAGCAAAAGAAGUGGUUCGCGACCAUGAUAUAACAUUUUCUGAGCGGGAUCCUCCCAUUGCUGCACAGGUUUCUACCUUUGGCUGCAAUGAUAUUGCAUUUGACUCCUACAGCAGUCCCACCUGGAAAAAGAAGCGAAAAAUUCUUGUAAGCGGGAUGCUUAGCAGCGGUAGCCUUAAUGCCUUUUAUGGUCUAAGGAAAGAACAAGUAAUGAAUACCAUUGGGGAAGUCUAUAAAAACGUUGGCGAGCCAAUUGAUGUUGGUGAAUUGUCAUACUUAACGGCAAUCAAUGCGGUCACCAGCAUGGUGUGGGGAGGAAAACUUGGAGGAGAGAAACGGGCUACGAUUAAGGGGCACUUCAAAGAGAUUUCUUCAGAAUUAGCGAUCUUAUUGGGAAAACCAAACGUUUCUGAUAUUUUCCCCGCGAUUGCACGGUUUGACAUACAAGGUAUUGAGAGAGGAGUAAAGAAAGUCAUUCAUUUGUUCAAUCAACUUUUUGAUUCUGUAAUUGAACUAAGAACGAACGUGGCCACCGAGAAGGAUAAAGUCGAUGGAAAGAGUGAACAAAAAUCAGACUUCUUGCAGAUGCUCUUGGAACUCAACAAGAAUGAACAUAGCGCAUCAUCUAUUACAAUGAAUCAAGUCAAGGGUAUGCUCAUGGACAUUGUGGUUGGUGGAACGGAUACUACAUCAACUAUGGUAGAGUGGACAAUGGCAGAGCUAAUACAACAUACAGAAAUAAUGGAAAAAGUGAAGAAAGAAUUAACUGAUGUUGUUGGACUAGACAGAACAGUUGAGGAGUUUCACUUGCCUAAUUUAAGAUACCUAAAUGCGGUGAUAAAGGAAACCUUCCGAUUGCACCCAGCCCUUCCCCUCCUUGUUCCCCGUUGUUCUGGAAAAUCAAUCACUGUUGGUGGCUAUACCAUUCCAAAGGGCAGCAGGGUCUUCUUAAAUAUUUGGUCCAUUCACAGGGACCCCCAUAUUUGGGACAAUCCUUUACAAUUUCAGCCUGACAGGUUCCUGAACGAUCCUGACAAGUUUGAUUAUUAUGGAAGUGAUUUCCGGUACAUGCCAUUUGGCUCUGGAAGGAGAAAGUGUCCAGGACUUACCCUGGGGGAGAAGAUGCUAUAUUUCAUAUUGGCCUCAUUGCUGCAUUCUUUUGACUGGAAAUUGCCCCAGGGCACAGAGCAUGACCUGUCCAGCAAAUUUGGACUCGUUGUGAAGAAAAAGAAGCCUUUACUUCUGAUUCCGACGCCAAGGUUACCUAAUCUUGAGCUCUACAGAAAGAAACAGCUAUAAUGUACUGGUACUAUACUACUAUUGUAUCUCUUUUAUAUUAAGGCAAAAGUGCCAUGCAACCAAUUAAAGUCGUUAAAUAAAAUGAAAUAUAUUGAUACAUGUCAUUGAGUCAGUCGACUGGCGUGUUGCUGUAGGCUGGUUACUAGAUCGGGAACGAGGGUCUCAAGCAACCCUAGGCAGCAUGAUUCUGUGGCCUAGGGCUCUGGGGAUUAGAUAUAUAGCAUAACCAU